AUGCUUGUAAAGGAGUUUCAUCAUGAUGUCGGCACGUCGGCCGAUGGCAAUGGCACGAUGCGCAUAUACGUCUUCCACCCCACCAUUCCGAACUACCCCAAUGCGCGAUUCCCAGGUGUCGUUGUGUUCAGUGAGAUUUACCAGGUAACCGGUCCAGUCGCCCGCUUCGCGCGCCAAAUCGCCGGUCAGGGCUACAUCGUCGCCGCCCCCUCGAGCUACCACGAAUUCACCGGCCCCGACGCCCUAAAGUACGACGCCGCCGACACAGACCGCGGCAACGAGUGGAAGGUCGCCAAGAAGCUCUCCGCGUACGACGAGGAUGCGUCGCUGAGCGUCGACUACCUGCUCUCGCUGCCCACAUGUACCGGACGGAUUGGCGCGACGGGGAUGUGUCUUGGUGGGCACCUUGCGUACCGGUGUGCUUUGGAUAAGAGGGUUCAUGCGACGGUUUGCUAUUUCGCGACGGAUAUUCAUAGUCGGACGCUGGGGAGGGGGAAGGAUGAUGAUUCUUUGGCGAGGGCGGGGGAUAUCAAGGGAGAGAUCACUAUGAUCUUUGGGAAGAACGACACGCAUGUUCCCCCAGAGGGGCGAGACCUGAUUCGCAAGACGCUGCACGAGAAGGGCGUUCUAUUCAGCUUUUAUGAGGUCGCUUGGGCGCAGCAUGCCUUUAUCCGCGAUGAGCUGAGCAAGGGAAGGUAUGACCCAGCCAUCUCGAAAGUAUGCUUCGAGAUGCUCCUGGAGCUGUUUGGGCGGACGCUCAAGCUGGAUCUUGGAGACCACGAUGGAAAGGAACUGAAGAUUGAAGACGUUUGUUAA